AUGCAAACUCCCAGGAAAAAGCACAUUUCCGUGCCAGGGUCCCUUCCCUCACAGCGCUGCCUACCUGAGGAGCCUCCAGGGCCCUCCCGGGGCCGCUCGGUCCCUCCCGGCCCCCGCGGCGCCGCGCCGGGCUCGGGGCAGCGCGGAGGCACCGCCGCCUCAGGCGCCCCUCGCUGCCGCUCCCCUCAGCGCUCCGCCGCCCGCCGUGCCCGCGGCCAGGCGGCACCGGGAGCUCGCUCCUUCCCUCCGUCCCUCCCCGGCAGCCCCGGCGGACUCACCACAGAACAGCAGCCCGCUGCAGAGCGCGGCCCGCAGCGCGGCGGCCAUGGCGGCUCCUCAGCCGCGGCGGGGCGGCCGAGCCAUGGCAGCGGGAGCGGGGCCGCCGGCACCCCGAACCCUCCGCUUCCUCACGGGGCGGGCACCGGCACCCCGAACCCUUCCGCUUCCUCACGGGGCGGGCACCGGCACCCGAACCCUUCCGCUUCCUCACGGGGCGGGCACCGGCACCCCGAACCCUUCCGCUUCCCCACAGGACGGGCACCAGCACCCGAACCCUUCCGCUUCCUCACAGGGCGGAGCGGGCACCGGCACCUCGAACCCUCCGCUUCCCCACGGGAUCGGUACCGGGAGCCCCGGCACCCCGAACCCUCGGCUUCCCCACGGGAUCGGUACCGGGAGCCGCGCCAUCCCGAACCCUCCACUUCCCCACGGGAUCGCUACCGGGAGCCCCGGCACCCCGAACCCUCCCGCUUCCCCACGGGAUCGCCCCGGCACCCCGAACCCUCCGCUUCCCCACUGGAUCGGUACCGGGAGCCCCGGCACCCCGAACCUUCCGCUUCCCCACCGGGCAGCCCGGGCUGCGGGCACGGCGGUGGCCCCCGGGCCUGA